GGUGACAUGGCAUAGAAAUAAAUAAAGAGAGAGAAGAGAAAAUGUAGAAACAAUUUCUACAUGAAGAAAUCAUGUCUACGCUAGCAACGAGGCCGGUUGACACCACCAAAUCCGCACUAUGGAGAAACGAGUCGUUUGUUCGCUCAAUAAUGGCGAUAUGGUGUGCCCGCCGCCGCGGUGAUGCCGCGCGUGCGCUCACCCGCCGAUUUCCUGCGCUGGCUUCCUCUCCCGUGCGCGCUCGCCUUUCUCCGGCGCUUAUUCUUCUUCUGCGCACGGGCAAGGUCGGCCUUUUCCCCUUGCCGCUCGCCGAUUCAUCCGGCCCCAAUCCCAAAUCCUUCAUUCGGCCCCAAUCCAUCCAUCGCCAUGAACCCCUCCAUCCACCAUCUUGGAGCUCCAAGCAAAUCAGGGCAGGGCAGGGCAAGUGUGCUGCUGCGGCCCUUGAUGCCCGAUUUGCAUCGGCCGCUGCCGCUCCCAGUGCCCCUCUGAUGGAUCGACUUCUUCCGCUGGUGAAUCCAUCGCCCAUGCAGCAACAACAUCUCCAACACUUGCAAGUCUUGAAGCCGCAGGUUUUCCUGCUUGGUGGUCAAGUUCAUCUCGAUGAUGCUGUGGAACCUGAUGCCUUCUGGAGAAGUUUUGCAAGAACUAUUGAAACCUACCUGAGACGAUAUAUGGAGAUGAUGCCGUGCAAGCUUACUAUUUUACUACUAUGCAUAUCAUGAACUUUAUUUAGUUCUUAUGUUAACUCUAUAUGUAAUGGUCGAUUUAUGGUACCUAUUAUCUUUAUGGGUUCUGGAAACAUAUAUAUGGGUUGCUAUUUAGUGAACUGCCUUCUGGAGUACCUAUGUGAACUGAUGGUUGUGAACUGAUGGCUUCUGAAGUGUUAUUUUUUUGCUA